CAACUACAGGAUGUAAUGUUGUAUGUGGGGUCUCUUCAAACAGGUUUACUUGAGUUUGUCACAAUGUACAAAGUGGAUUUGCCUGUAGAUGACUCCACAGAAAGGGUUGUGGAGAGGCGGAGGUCUGCAGAAACAGCACGCAAAGCCCGAAUCUUUAACUCCCGACUCCGGGUGAUAGGCAUCGACUCUGAUGCUCUUAACCAGCAGGUCCAUGAGAAAAACCAUCAGCAAAACAUGGAGAAACAACGGGACAAGGCUUUUGAUAACCUCCGACUGAGUCAUGAUGAAGCACUGCUGCAACAAGAUAUUAAUGAAAAAGAGAAGCGAGCAGCUUUACAGUCUGAUCUGACUCAGUACUGGGCCACUUAUCAACGUGUGGAGGACUCUCGUGAUGCUGAUCUCAAAUGUGACCUGAAGAGGGCAUUGAGGAUCACCAUUCCAGAGAGUGAGCUGGGCCCUGCCAGUAUGCAAAUGUUUGAGGGAGAGGGUAUAGGAGAGGAACAAAAAAGGAAAGAACAAAUAAAAAUGACAGAAAGAGAUCUACGAGCACAGAAGGAAGACAAUGAGAGAAGACGGAUGAGAGAGAAUCACCAAGCCAUGCUUGUAGGCAAGGAGCUGGUGUAUCAAGACCUUAGAGGGGUUCAGCUGCGUGCACUAGAAGAGGAGUGUGCAAAAGCUACUCGCAUUGCACUUGACAACUACAAUCAGGCUCUGGCUGCAGAACAGGCAGAAAAACUGAAGGAACAGCGCAGGAGAGAGGAAAGAGAGAAUCUUGAUGAGAUUUGGCACACAGCGACAUCUGACAUGAUGACAGAGUGUGCAGAGGCAGCAGAACGAGGGCCCGGAGGAGGACGGCCUCCUCAGGUGUUGACAGACAGGUGGAAGGGGAUGAGCCCUGAGCAGCUGAGUGCCAUCCACAGGGAAAGAGACGCACAGCGACGUGAGAAACAGAGACAGCGUGACCAAGAGAAGUUUCUGGAAGCAGCUUUGGCCAUGCAGCGUCUGAAGCUUACGAAGGAAGCAGAGGAAGAGGAGAAGAGAGCAGCAGAGCUGACGAGACAGAAGAGGAUUGAGUUGGAUCAGUACAACAUGCUGCUGGCUAAAGAACAGCAGGCACAUCAGGAGUACCUGAACAAGAAGUUAUACACCAACAAACCUACUAAGGACUACUUUAAUCAGUUCAACACCAGCUCUCGUUGAUCACUCCAUCUGACAAAGGCACGUACUGAUUUGUCCAAGUAAAUAAAAUCUAAUACUUCUUACAUUCGAGCUCAGUGUGAAUUGAAUGUUGUGUAUUUUGUCCAGUCUGUUGUGAUGAUUACAUUGGCUUAAACUAUCGACAGAAAGGGGACUCUUGUUUUGGUACAGAUUGUUCCACGUUCUUUAUUUUUCAGUCAUAUAUCCAGUUACAGUGGUAGAUUCAUAAUGCAGUUACAGUUCUAUCGGCCCCAUAUGUGGCACGAGUCCACCCAACUCCUGUCUGUCACCCAUGACACAAGUAGGUCCCAUCAGUCCCGUUGUGUUAACGGUUCACGCCGUACACCACAAAGAGGCACAUCUCCAGCACGAGUGACAUUCUCCUCUCAU